UGGAGGCUCCAGGUGGGGGCGAGCUGUGGCUCCCUAUGACUGUAUUGUAUUCUCUAAUACAGCAGCAGGCAGAAGCUAACUUGAAAACUUCUGCAUUCAGGUCAUUGGAAUUGAUGUAUAGAAGACAAGGCGUAGGUAAAGCUAUCGACAGAUAUAACCAAAGACAACCGAGUUGGUUCGCAGUGUAGAAGUGACCCCUGCUGCUAACAUCAUGGAUGAUUUAGACGCUUUGCUGGCGGACUUGGAGUCGACGACAUCACACAUCUCCACGCGACCUGUGUUUCUGCCAGACGAGACGCCGUACUCUUUGCCCACGGGUGGACAGGCCCCUCCCCCCGUACAACCUGCGACCCUGAACGGAGCCUCGCUUGUCCCCUCAGACUCCAGCCACUCAUCCACACAGUCCCACAGCCCUGCACAGAAAAGCUUGUGGACCCGGGACAGCAGUAGUUCCCCUUUAUCCCAAAACGAAGAGGACCACGUCUAUAGCUUCCCCAACAAGCAGAAAGGUUCAGAGUCUGACAUGAGCUCCUUCCUGGGCAGCAACCUGUCGGAACUGGACCGGCUGCUUCUGGAGCUCAAUGCUGUACAGCACAACACGCCCUCCUUCCCUACCGAGGAAGAGGCAGCCCCACCACUAUCCUCCAGUAGCACCACCCACUAUGUUCAGGACAACGGGGUUUCAGCAUCAGCCAAGCAGCCUCCCCCCAGCAUGGAGAAGCCCAAACGCAGCGUGGCAGCCAGGGUCAUGGAAGACACAAGGCCCAGCGUCAAGAGCCUUCUGGAUGAUCUAGAAGGUUCUGUGCCCAACCCUACACCUGCCCCAACGGUGGUGCAGAAGUCGAAGGAAGAGGAGGAGACUGCCUCCCAGCUGCAGGCCAGAAUCUCUGCCUCCUCCGCGACGCGGGAGCUGGAUGAGCUCAUGGCGUCGCUGUCCGACUUCAAAGUCCAGAGCAAUAUCCUAGCCAAGGGGAAGAGCUCACCCACUGCGCCCCCCAAACAGGCCAACAAGCUGGACAACAUGCUGGGGAGCCUCCAGUCAGAUCUCCAUAAACUGGGAGUCCAGACCGUGGCCAAAGGAGUGUGUGGGGCCUGUAACAAGCCCAUAGUUGGACAGGUGGUGACGGCCAUGGGGCGAACAUGGCACCCGGAGCACUUUGUGUGCACCCACUGUCAGGAGGAGAUCGGCUCCCGGAACUUCUUUGAGCGCGAUGGAGCGCCCUACUGUGAGAAGGACUAUCACAACCUGUUCUCCCCACGCUGCAGCUACUGCAACGGGCCCAUCCUGGACAAAGUGGUGACGGCGUUGGACAGGAACUGGCAUCCAGAACACUUUUUCUGUGCUCAGUGUGGAGCUUUCUUUGGGCCCGAGGGCUUCCAUGAAAAGGAUGGAAAAGCAUACUGUAGGAAGGACUACUUUGACAUGUUUGCGCCCAAGUGUGGAGGUUGUGCCCGGGCCAUCCUGGAGAACUACAUAUCAGCCCUGAACUCCCUCUGGCACCCUGAAUGCUUCGUCUGUAGGGAGUGCUUUACCCCCUUUGUGAACGGUAGUUUCUUUGAGCACGAGGGCCAGCCCUACUGCGAGGGCCACUACCACGAGCGCCGGGGCUCCCUCUGCUCCGGCUGCCAGAAGCCCAUCACCGGCCGCUGCAUCACGGCCAUGGCCAAGAAGUUCCACCCCGAGCACUUCGUCUGCGCCUUCUGCCUCAAGCAGCUGAACAAGGGCACCUUCAAGGAGCAGAACGACAAGCCCUACUGCCAGGGCUGCUAUGUGAAGCUCUUUAGCUAGUAAGCUGAAUCUGCGUGUGCAUGCCGAGCCACUGUUCUCUGCUGUGUAAGUGUGCAGUUGUUUACUUCCCUUCAUGAAUUUUAAAAGGAAAUUCCAGGUGUAAGAAUUGAAGCAGGAACUGGAAGAUGUAGCCAACAGUGCAAAGCUUUUCAGUGUGUGAAGUAUACAAGUGCACGCUUCAGACUUAAGCCGCAGAGUGAAUGUUUGUUUCAGAAGGCGAAGGCAGAGAUAAGUGGCUAAAACGAUGAAAGGAAGCUGUCGUUCCUCACUGCAUGUACUAUAGUUGAUAUGAGACUGUCCAUUAGAAAAAACAGCUCCCCUACAGGUGCCUAAUGGUAACUACAUGCAGGAAUCCAUUCUCAACUGAGGGGUUGGCAUUUUUUAGAGUUCCAGACAGCAUGAGGUUUUAAAGAGGUCAGAGAUUUUUAAAAAUGUAUCACGAGCAAGAGAGGCCAUUUUUGUAUAUGUGAAUAGGACACUUUUACGUCCUCAGAGCAAAGGACACCAAUGAUUUAUGGCUCUGUCUUGAUAAUGGUGAAGGGGUUAUGUGACUGAUAUGUGGUGGUCCAGUCAUAGAAGUCCUGAGACGGGAUUAGACAGGUAUUCAAGCAGUAUGUACUACUUAUGGAAGGCCGUUCUAGUUUCAGUAGGCAGUGUUUUGGGUAUUCAGGGGAGUAAUCAGUCCAAAAUAUAUUUUUGUAGUUGUUAAUCACUGUCAGUGCCACACGUAUAAACUGCUCACUUGCAAAUACAUCUAUUCAACCCAGAGAGGAGCGGGAGGUCCGGUCUCUUCUGUUUCUCUCCACUGUGUAAGACCUGUUGAAAUAUUUGGUGCUCAAUAUAAACAAAAUCAUUAAUCCUUCUCUCUUUGACCCUCAAAGGGAAAUUUUACAGCCUGGUAUGGUAUAAGAAAAAUAUUUUUGUACACUUUUCCUAUGGAAAUGUUCAUGGAUUAACAAGGACGUCUCAUCAGCAUAGAUUUAAUAGGUCUGUAUUAAUUUUUCUUGUGUGCUUUGAUUUUCCAAUGGUACGGCAUAAACUUAAAUCUGUUUGAACAAGGUAUGUUGAAUAGAGACGCUCACACUCAAGACUACUGCUCUUUCUGUGCUGUGGACUUUCCAAUUCUGUAUUCAGUAGCUCAGUCUUUGGCACGAUCAAUUCUCAUAAAUUAUUAUUGUGAACCUGAUUACAAAUAUACAUACAUUAGAAUAUUGUAUUUGUGGACAGAAGGUGGGGAUGUUUGGGUGAGUGCUAGGAACCAAGCCUCAUCUCAGAGGAAUUCUGCUCAUCCUUCACUUUCCAUCAGAUUCAGGUAGGGAUGUAGCUCUGUCUGGCAACCAAACUGAAAUCAUGGUCAGGUAUAGCCCAGCUAAGCUUCACUCCGAAAGGAAAAAAAGGACAAAAAUACUGGAGCAUGUGGAUUGGAAACAACACAUUAACUGUGUGCGUUUUACCUUUUACAUUUCUACUGUAUUCAGCCACACAGUGACCCGAGUCUUAAAAUGAAUGUCUUCUGAGUGAAUUCUCUUUACUUGGGGCAAUGUUGACUUUUCAUGUAUCUACUGAUGAAGUGUGUUUUCCUUCAGUUACUUGGAGUAAAUAAUACAGAGGCUUGAUCCUUUUUAUUAAUGCAACUUGUGAGGAUGUUUUUUCACCAUUUUCUGCCAAUUGAUAUUACAAAAUUUAAAAAUUAGGUGGUGUAGUGGCAUUGUUUUGUUACUUUGGUCACUUUUUUAGCCCUUUAGCUUUAACUGAUAUGCAAAGAGCUGGAUCUAAAAGCAUAGACUUACAUCAGCGCUGAUGGACACGCCACACAACAGCCAUGUUCUCCCCAGAACCUUUUCCAAUGCCCCCCAGCCCCCCUGGUUCAGUACCUAGUCUGAAUCCCUAAGGGCAGCCCAUUCCCUCUAUAGUGUUUGUCUUUUAACUGGGGCCUGGUCAACAGGGCACUGUAUAGGUUUAAACCGUUUGGGACUCAGCCUCCCUAGUCAGUAAUGGUACCAGAUCUCCUAGUUAACUGAUCCCAAAUCACUGAAAUACGUCUGAGCCUUUGUUUUAUUUAUGUACAUAAUUGAUUUAUUGGUUUCUUCAUAUACUGUAUUUUUUUUUUCUCAAGUGACCUUUAAUUUUGCAUAUUUUAAUCAUUGUGAAGUAGAGAUGAUUUUAACUUUACACAUGUUGCUUAUUUUUAUGCUAUGGCUUUUUAAAUGGUUUUAACUUGGCACGUUUAGUAUUUUGAAUGUCAAUAUAGGCUUACAAAGAGGUUGAAUUUUGCUACAUAUGUUAUUUUAACUAAUAAAUGAAUAUGUACCUAUUGAUUCUUGACAAAUAUAAUUUAAAUGCCUAAUGAGCAUAUUUAAACCGAUAUACCCUAUCAGAACCAAAAAUGUAACCUUUCACUGUAAUACCUUGGAUGUCCAGUCCUUGCAUCAGUAAUGAUUUAUUUUUAAACUGUCUGGGGGUAAUGCUUUAUUGCUGUUUUUACUGUUGCCAUAAGUGUACAAUGUACUGUAUGUACCUAUACAUUUUUCACACACUCACUGGCUACUAUUAGGUAUAACUAUCUAGUUUUGUGUAGGACUAGCUUUUGCCUCCACUUCAAGGUUUUUUGUGUUGUGUUCAGAGAUGCCUCUGUGCACCAAAAUUGUAAGGAGUGGUUAUUUGAGUGUUUUAUGCCCUUUCUGUCAGCUUGCAAUAGUCUGGCCGUUCUCGGAUCUCUUAUUUACUAAAUGUUUUUGGCCACAGAACUGCUGCUGAUGGGAUGUUUUUGUAUGUUGCACCAUUCUCUGUGAACUAAAGAGACUGUGGUGUGUGAAAAUCCUAGGAGUUCAGCUGUGUUUGAGUUGCUGGAACCACCACUCCAACAAUCAUACCAUGGUCAGAGUCGCUCGGGUCAAGUGUUUUGAUGAUCUACAACUAAACCUAUUGACCAUGUCUUAAUGCUUUGUAUAUUGAAUUGCAGCCAUGCUAUUUGCUGUUGGGCUAUUUGUGUUAACAAGCAGGCGUGCCUAAUAAAGUGGCCGGCGAGUGUAUGUAUGUUUGUGUCGUGCUAGUGCCAAAUGAUCAGUGCUAGGGUACUGCUCCUCUGCUCAGGUGAUGCAUCGACUUAUUGCUGCGUCCCACGUUAGCAACCAUUCGGUUGGGCACCUGAUCAUUACAUAAUGGACUUUGUGGUUACAUACCUACCCAUGUUUUGUCAUGAGUUAACAACAUUGGAGCAGGGAAAAAAACUGUCUAACACAGUGGUGUUUAUAAAUGCAUAUGGCAGAGUCCUUUCUGCGAUCUGAUUGAAGCCUUUAUGAUGUUGCAGAAUGACAAUGGCUACAACAUUGGAUCAGUGGAUUCCUCAUCUAGUUUGCUGAUUUAAAAGUAUUAGAAAAGUAAAAUUCAUGCAUUUUUGUAUUGGGUGACUGAAAUAAUGGGUUUGCCUUACUGGGGCUGGGUUGUGAUUUCUGGGGGUGUUUGAAGAGGUUUGGUUACUUUAUCCACCCAAGACAUGGGUCUUUAACGCACUUUCUGACUUGCUGUGCCAUAGAUCAUUUGAGCUUCUCCAGUAGUGCUGCUUUGCUGGUAUAAAUGUGAUUAAUCCACAAAAGGGAAAUGUAAUCUAGUUAUUAACUGUUGGGCAUAUAUUUUGGGUUGAACUGAAGCAGGGAUAAUACUAGUUAUUAUUGACCAAUAAAUGUUUAAAGAAUAUAUGGUGAAAUAUCACUCUGGUAGCCUUGAUAGGACAUACUUUGAAGAUAAGAGACCAACCAAAAAAAGGUGUAGAUUCCAAGUUCAUCUAGGAUGCCUGGAUUUAGUCCUAGACCGUUAGAACAACACUGAGGUACUUUCUUAAAUCAAGAGGAAGUAGUGGAAAAACUGACUAAUUUAUAAGAUGCAAUGACAUCAGGUGUAGCCAACAGUCCCCAAAGUUGGAAAAGAACUAGGGCCCUUGAGAGAGUUUGUGUAUCGUUUUGGCACUUUUUUUUCUUCAUUUAUUAAUGCUAUUACAGUGCUUGAUUCGCUUUUUCUGUGGUCUAUAAAAAUGUCUGACCUAAGCCCACUUUAUAUGGGAGGGAAUUGGUCUUCUGAGGGAGGCUACUCUGCUGCCAUUAAAUAAUUUAAAGAAAAUUAUCGCCCCUGUUACUUUGGGUUUAAUUUUUAUUUUUCCUCGCACCUGCGGUUUUCUUUGCCCAUGUAACUAGUCUUAUUUUGUGAUUACUAUGGUACAGUGCCUGAUACAUUCUUAAUAAAUGUGACUAAUGCUGAUAAAUACA